AGGGAAAUUAAGAGACACUAUCCUGGACUGGGAAGAUUCCCUGCCCGACCGCGACCUCACGCUGGCGGAUGAAGCCUGCAGGAAAGCCGAUCUCUCCGUCACCCUGGGGACCUCUCUGCAGAUCAAACCCAGCGGCAACCUCCCGCUGAUCACGAAGAAGAGAGGAGGGAAGCUGGUCAUCGUCAACCUCCAAGCCACCAAACACGACAGACAGGCCGACCUGCGCAUCCACGCCUACGUCGACGACGUCAUGACGAAGCUGAUGAAGCACUUGGGGCUGGAGGUCCCAGAGUGGACGGGGCCGGUGGUGGUGGAAAGCUCUGAACUCACCAAACCCGAACAACUCUUCAAACUGGAGCCCGGGGCUCGCGGGCUGCGGAAGGAGGAGCCCCUCUCCCAGCACAACGGCACGGGUGGGCUCUGCCCUGACCUUGGGACCACGCUGGUGGAACGCCGUGACAAUCUG